AUGGGAAAGCCAAAGGUCUUAUCGCUGGGCUCACCUUCAUGGGCAGGCGAGGCCUUCUUACAAAACUUCAAUAACACCUGUGACAUCCAUGUUCUCCAACCAAGUGGUCGAAAUGGCACUGUUCAAGCGAUCGCGGAUGCUCGAAAAUCAAAUGGCCCAUUUGAUGCCGUUUUAAUCCUGAUGGGAAAUGGCGCCUAUGAGAGAUUCGAUAAGGAGCUCUUAGGGCCAUUAGUUCCCGAGCUUAAGGUCGUGGGAUCGGUGAACGCAGGCUAUAGCGAAUUUGAUCUGGAUUGGUUCAACGAGAACAAGAUAUUUGUAACUAAGACCAUCGAUGCAGUGGCUGAGCCCACCGCUGAUAUUGCUAUUUUCCUCAUGCUCGCCGCGCUCAGAGAUACAUCUCGUUUGGAGUCGGAAAUCCGGAGUGGAGGCUGGAGAGGUGAUAUAAAGGCGCCACUUCUGGAUCCAAACGGCAAAACGCUUGGAAUCAUAGGCAUGGGCAAAAUCGGGCGGCAUGUUGCACGGAAGGCAAAUGCAUUCGGUAUGAAUGUGCAAUAUCAUAACAGAAAGCCGUUAUCAGCAGAGAUGGAGCAAAGCCUUUCGGCCAAAUACAGUUCGAGCAUUGAAGAACUUUUGCAAAUUUCGGACGUCAUUUCACUCAACUGCCCUCUGACUCCGCAGACAAGAGGCUUAAUCGGACCCGAAGAGUUCGCAAUGAUGAAAGACGGAGUUGUUCUCGUCAACACAGCUCGAGGCGCUGUUGUUGAUGAAAAUGCUUUUAUUCAAGCUUUGGAAAGCGGCAAAGUCGCUAGAGCUGGCUUGGAUGUAUUUGACGGCGAACCCAGGGUGAAUGAUUAUUUUCGUAAGAGCACACGAUGCGUAGUUCAACCUCAUAUGGGAUCCUGGACAGACGUUGCCUGGCGGAAUGCAUACCAAGAAGCUAUGAAUAAUGUCACCUCUGUCUUCACAUCAGGAAAGGCAAUCUCCCCUGUCAACUCUUUCUAG